AUGAGCUUGCUACGCACGCACUGCGUGAGCGUAUCAGAGGCGAUAAAGACUGAAACGCGCAAUCGCUCAUCACAGUUCUGUCGGAGAUUAAAAGUGCAGAUCCAGCAGCAGCUUCAGACUCUGUCACUAGCUGCACUGCUUCUAUGCGCACAAAAAAAGUCGCCGAUUCCUUGA